AUGCUCCAUGAGCUCCGUUCUUCUAUGAAACCAGACUUCCAAUCGCCGGUUGCUGAUAUCCGUAGAGAAGUGCACGAGGAGGGAACCUGCAUGAGCGUCUUGGAGGAGAAAAAGGAUGACCUAUGCCUUACCAACAACGGUAUACUAGUGAAAGUCCGUAAACUGAAAGGCGAGCAAAAGUGUCUCACAGACAAAUUGGCGGAUCUGGAGGACCGUUCACGCCGAAACAACAUCUGA